AUGCAUCGGUGGGCCUCCUACACCUACCUCUCCCUGGGCUUCUAUUUCGAUCAAGAGGAUGUAGCUCUGGAGGGUGCUAGCCCGGGAGAAGCACUGCGAGGGCGCAAAAAUGCAAAACCAGCCCUGCGGCUGCAUCCUCUUGCAGGAUGUGCAGAAACCAUCUCAAAAACCCAGGAUGCUAUGGAAGCUGACAUUCUCAUGGAGAAGAAUAUGAACCAGGCCCUUUUGGAUCUGCAUACCCAGGGUUCUGUCCACAUAGACCCCCACCUCUGUGACUUCCUGGAGAGCCACAGCCUAGAUGAGCAGAUGAAACUCAUCAAGAAGAUGGGCGACACCUGA